UCGCAUCGGCAAUCGCAUCGGCAAUCGCAUCGGCAAUCGCAUCGGCAAUCGAGUCGACAUUCGCACCAGCAAUCGCAUCAGCAAUCGCAUCUCCACACUCCCCUGCCAUGUCGUUCCAUCCCGGAAGAAAGGUCAACGUCGGCGUCCUCGGCGCUACCGGCACCGUCGGCCAGCGCUUCAUCCAGCUGCUCGACAACCACCCCUUCUUUGUCGUCAAGACCCUCGGCGCCUCGCCCCGGUCGGCCGGCAAGCCCUACAGCGAGGCUGCCGCACGCUCCUGGAAGAUGGCCUCGCCCGUGCCCGCCCACGUCGCCUCGUUGAUUGUCCAGAACUGCCAGCCCGAGCACUUCAAGGACUGUGAGAUCAUCUUCUCCGGACUCGACUCGGAUGUCGCCGGUGAGAUCGAGCUGGCCUUCUUCAAGGCCGAGUUCUGCGUCUUCUCGAACGCAAAGAACCACCGCAUGGACCCCAUCGUCCCGCUCGUCGUCCCGCUCGUCAACCCAGACCACCUCGACAUCAUCCCCCACCAGCGCCAGACCCACGGCCUCCAGAAGGGCUUCCUCGUCACCAACGCCAACUGCUCCACCACUGGCUUGGUUCCGCCGCUCAAGGCCCUCAUCGACAGGUUUGGUCCCAUCUCCCGGGUCGUCGUCACCACCAUGCAGGCCAUCUCCGGUGCCGGCUACCCCGGUGUGCCCAGCCUCGACAUCCUCGGCAACGUCGUGCCCCACAUCUCGGGCGAGGAGGAGAAGAUGGAGAUCGAGGCCUCCAAGAUCUUGGGCUCGCUCAAUGCCGGCAGCUCGGGCUUUGUCGAUGCCGAGGGCCUGCGUGUCUCGGCCAGCUGCAACCGAGUCCCCGUCCUGGACGGCCACACCGAGUCGGUCUUUUUGGAGUUCAAGAACCAGCCGGCGCCCUCCCCCGAGCAGGUCGCCGAGGCCCUCUCGAGCUUUGUGAGCGUGCCGCAGACCCUCAAGGUGCCCUCGGCCCCGGCCCAGGCCAUCGUCGUCACCGAGAAGCCCGAUCGUCCCCAGCCCCGCCUCGACAUCAUGGAGGGCGGAGGCAACGCCGUCACCGUCGGCCGCAUCCGCAAGUGCAACAUCUUUGACAUCAAGUUUACUGUUCUGUCACACAACACCAUCCUCGGUGCCGCCGGCAGCAGCAUUAUGAACGCCGAGGUUGCCGUCGCCAAGGGAUACGUCGCCUAGAUGUGUCUAGCUGACUGGCUCGUUGCUCUAGAAUGAGGAGGGAAGGGUGCAUUCUGCGCCGCAGCGCAGGACACAAGGGAAGGAGAAGGGGGGGACAUGCGUCGUCGGAUCGGCUAUAGCAGCUUCGGAUCCAAAGAAUUGGUCCAUGUCAAGCGAGACCUGUGUGUCCUCGUCAGCGAUGCAAAUAUAGUUCGUCCAGAACGAAACGGGACAGCGCCCAUUGCGCUCUUCCACACUUCAA